AUGCCGACUACUUACACCGAUACGCCUGCGUCAUCUGUAACCCACCCAGUGUUGCAAAUCCCCGUAAGCUCUGCUAACUCAUACGCUCCCGAAUUGCAUUCGGUGGUGCAUGACCACACUCCUUUGCCACAUGUAGAGCCGAACGGUUCUCCAAUUACCUCAACUCAGCCACUCAUUUCAGCAUCUCGGCACCCUUCCCAGAAUCCUACGUCGAUUUCAUCUAGUGUCAACCCAGAGGAUCAUUCUAAUCAAGAUUACGGCUCCGAGACAUUCAUCCAAAGGACGGCACCACCGGGCCUCCGCUCACGGCUUCGAAAAGUUCUAAACUCGUCUUGGUUUAGACAAAACCAGCUCGAAAAAAGGCGAGAACUCGAACUUUUUAUUAUCGAGCCCGUGAAGCACGAAUGGAAGUGCGCAUUGAUUCCCUGCGCAGACAGUCCAAAUGUUUGGCAGAAAAAGCAGCGUGCUGUCGAUCACAUCCGAACGCAUCUCAAUCACCGGCCCUUCUCUUGCCGUGGACGCUGUAAGCGGCCCAAUUGCACACUCGCCUUUUUCUCUGAGCGAGAUCUUACAUCACACAUGAAGCCCGUUUCGGUUACGUUGGAAGAAGUGUGGAACGGCGCAACUUUCCCCGACAUCGAGAUACGGACAUCUGUCGGAAGGGCCCAAGAGUUACAACUCAAAGUCGCCUUUAGCGCACAUUCGAUGAUCCCUACGGAGCAGGAACUCUGUAGCUCGACUUUACCAACUCCACUCAUUUACUCUUGA